AAUUUAAAGCCUGUCAUGAAUGUAUUGUUUCGUAAAGAUUCAAAUUUUAGAAAUUUAAUAUAUGUUUUGUAAUUAUUUGAAAAAAAGUAGAAUGAGGAUAGACAUGAAAUGAGAUUGAACGAUCACGAUUAAAUCAACUAUCAUAUUUUCAACAUGUUGCACGAGAUUUUACUGUCACUAUGGGGUUGCUCAACCAGUGUAUCGCAAAUAAUAGAAAUAGAUUCUAUAGAUCUUGAAAAAUAUUUGCAUCCUGGAGAACGAGCACUCCUUAAUAGGAUAUUAGAUAUAGUAAAAGAAUGCAAUAUCAUAAGAGGCUUCAUACAUGAAUAUACAAUAUAUGGUCUAGAUACAAAAGAAAAUAUAGCUCCUGGUUUAUAUAUUCGUGCUCUGUGUGAUGGAAUGGAUCAGGCACUAGAACCUUUUCGUAAAGAAAUAAUUGAGUUAGAACGUACAGUUUUGAACAAUAGUCAUACUCCUUUAUCAUUAAUCCUCUGUACUGUUGAAAAGCAUACUUGUCUGUUCUCUGUUUUACAUUCUAUCAUUCGUGAGAUUCGUACACAGAAAUUACAUGGUUGUAAAUUGUUACAAUGCUUACAUCAGCGUAUGCAUACCGGCAUACCCAAAAUCAACUCUGCUUUGGAACUGAUAAUCCAUCAUGUUCACAUUGUUUUCUACAAGCAUUUACAAAGCUGGCUCUUAUAUGGGCAGUUGGAAGAUGCUCACAGAGAGUUCUUCAUACAAAAAGUGUCAGAUUAUGACAGAACUUUAGUGCACGAGAAUGGUAAAAACAACGUUGAUACACGUGGAUUGUCAGCCAGUAGGAAAAUGGAUGUUGAUAUGUGGGACUAUAAUGUUCAGAUCGACAUGCUUCCAUCUUACAUCAGACCCUCGAUGGCAGGCAAGAUUUUGACUAUUGGUCAAACUGUCAUUAUGUUUAGAAAUGAUCCCAGUCAGAAAAGAGAUUUCAUGACAUCUCAGCCAAAGAAUUUAGUGUGGGGCCAUAAGGAAACCUGGUUCUUCAGGCUACUAAAGGAUCUCCAGGCGAAAUCAGUCUUUAACGUCAUUGAGUUCGAUCGUGCAAUCAACGAUAUGAAACAGUUAAUCACCGAAAAUCUAUGGCGCAAGGCUGUCACAGAAGCGCAACUAAUGCAACAACUUAGGCUGGUGAAAGAAUUCUUCCUAAUGGGUCGUGGUGAUCUGUUUCUAGAAUUCAUCAAGCUCACGGCGCACAUCCUGAGUAAGGCGCCCACGAGUCACACAUCCAGAGAUAUUAAUCUCGCGUUCCAGAUAGCAUUGAGAAAAAUGCAUCUGAAUGAUGAGAGCGUGAUCGAUAGCUUCAAUUUCGCGGUACCUAUGCUGUCUUCCGAAAACGAAGAUACUGGCACAGAUACCACCGAUUUUUCUGAUAACGAAAGACAGGAUCCUAAUGAGAAACGUGGCUGGGGUAUGAUCAUCCUGAAAUACAAAGUCGUUUGGCCAUUGCAUUUGUUGUUUAGUCCAGCUGCAUUGAACGAUUAUAACACUCUGUUUCGCUUUCUGUUGAGAGUUAAAAAGACACAGAUAGAUCUAUGGGGCCUAUGGAGCGAGCACAUGCAUCACAAAAACAUAGAUAUCGGCGUGAUCCAAUUGAGAAAUAAUUUGAUUUUCAUUGUUGACAAUUUGCAAUAUUAUCUACAAGUGGAUGUGGUGGAAAGUCAAUAUACCGUAAUGGAAGCGAGUAUGCAAGGCACGAAGGAUUUCGAAGAUAUACAGAAAGCGCAUUCUGUGUUCCUGGCUAAUGUCAUGUCACAGACCUUUUUGUUGACCAGUGGAACGGGAAAGAAAAAUCCAGUGAACAAACUGAUACAUCUUUUGUUACGACUGUGCGACGAUUUCAUCUUGCAAGCGUCCAUGUGGGAUGUUGGAAAUUUGCUCUUAACAGACAAAGAAGAACUCAAAACAUUAUGUGAGACACUGAAUAGCGUAAUGAAUUGGCUGAUGAAGGCACUGAACAAAAUGCGUGCACAACCCAGUGGAGAACAUUUGGCUCGAUUAAUAUUGAGGCUCGAUUUCAACAGAUGGUUCAGUAAAAACAUUUGAAAGUAAUUGUGCAUAAAAUUAUAAACAAGACGUUACACUGGAAAAAGGAAAUUGUACUAUAUCCCAAAGAUUUAUAUAUUGUAUCUUUUAAGGAUU